CACAGAAACAGAAGUGAACUCUACGAGGCUGUGCCGCGACUUUAGUCCUGCGGUCGAAUUUCGUCACUCGCAGUCGCCGGCGUCUCCAAUGUCCGGUAACUUCUUGCCGCCGGUGCAGCUCACCGCAAGCGGCCGUCCGGUUCUCCAACGGAACGAAAUCGAAUGUUUCUAUCUCUCUUCUGUGGACCUUAUCUCCGAAGACGAACCCACCAACAUCCCCUUCCCUAAUCUCAAAUCGGGCCUCCUUAUCCUCACCAGCCACCGCCUCCUCUGGAUUUCCGAUUCUUCUUCCUCCGAAUCGACCGGCGCCUUUGCCGUCCCCCUCGCCGCAAUCUCCCACAUUUUCUCCCACAAGAAGUCCAUCAAGUCCAUGUUUGCUUCGCCGAGGAUCCGCUUCCAGCUGUCGCUGACGCCGGACGGUAGGGUUUCGGGCCACGGUUUGAGAUCGGUGGUAGCAACGAUUGUUUUGAGGGGCAAGGGGGACUGUGAUGCCUUCCUCGCCAAGUUUUGGGAGAAUUGGCGCGCCAGGGCCUGGGAGGAUGACGGGCCUGCUCCGGGCUCCAGUUCGAAUUCAGGUUCGGCUCCGGCUUCGAGUGGUAUUUAUUCGAGCGAUGGGACUGUGAGGAUGGUGGGAGUGGCAGGGAUACUGAGGAAGGAGCAGGAGAUGUGGGAGAGUACUGAUAAGAGCUUGCAGGAUGCAUUUCAAGAUUUGAAUGCUCUCAUGAGCAAGGCCAAAGAGAUGGUAAUGCUAGCAGAGAAAAUGAGGCAAAAACUUUUGUCUGGCUCAACUUCUCAAACCAAUGCAUCUAAUGAUGAGGAGAUGGGUACGAAGGAAGAGAUGCAAGAUUGGUUGUUGAGUGUUGGUAUAAUAUCCCCCGUUACCAAAGAGUCUGCGGGUGCUAUGUAUCAUCAACAGUUAUCCCGUCAGUUGGCAGAUUUUGUCAAAGUUCCACUUGAGAGAGCUGGAGGAAUGGUCAAUCUUAUUGAUAUUUAUUGUCUCUUCAAUCGCGCUCGUGGCACAGAGUUAAUCUCACCAGAUGAUUUGUUACAAGCAUGUUCCCUGUGGGAGAAGUUUGAUGUCCCCGUGGUUUUACGUAAGUUUGACAGUGGAGUCAUGGUAAUACAGAAUAAGUCCCACAGUGAUGAGGAGGUUUUCACUAAAAUCAAGGUGCUUGUUAUGAAGCCUGAUACUCUUCGGGCUGGGAUAAGUGCUAGUGAUGCUGCAAGGACACUUGGAGUUGCCCCAGCAAUGGCGAAGGAGCAUCUUCUGUCUGCUGAGAGCAAGGGUUUGCUAUGCAGAGAUAUAAGUCCGGAUGGAUUUCGUUUCUAUAUUAACCUGUUCACCGAGAUUGAUCGAGAUGAUUUGCAUUUAGUUAAAGAUCAUGGAAUAUAUGCCACAUGGGUAAGGGCGAACCAUGCACCUCAAUAGAAUUGCAAGCUUUGAUAUGUUCAAUUUAAGAUGAUCAAAUUUACAGGUUGAAAAGUUUCUUGAGACAAGGUUGAUAUCAAUAGAACACUGACAUCGGCACAGGACACGACUAAGCGCAUUUGUUACUUAUUAACGUUCCACUUGAGGAAGGCAUAGCUGAAGCAGCAGUUUUUGACAAUCCCUGCAAAUUGUAUCAUAGUGUAGAAUUUUCAUAGUAGUAGAGUGGUUUUGCAAUUCGGAAACAUUGUUUUUUUUACAUGCUGCCAAUCUAUAAAAUAAGAGACAAGAGAUAUUUCAGUUCCGUGAAAAAGGAUAAAGGAUGUAAAUAAAUAAAUGAUUACACAAUAUGGAUUC